CAUAAACAAGGGUCAGUGUCCCACACGGGUUUAGUGCAAUGGGCUGGUAAUCUCAGGUCUUCCAAAGCCCGUGUUCAAAUUUCAUUCACUUCAUAAAUGUGACAAUAAUAAAGCAAGAUAAGACAGUUUCUGUAUAUUUGAGCCCCUGAGGUCAUGACUGAAGACAGCCCCAUGUGUAACCGAAAAAAAUACGGUACUCCUUUUAUUUUAUAUUUUCGUGCGUCAUGAUCAUUACUUUGCUUCCUCCUACCCUAUGGUUUGUUGUUUGUAAUGAAUGGUGAACUGGAAGUAUUUUGGAGGAUGUUAUUUAAGUAUUUUAGUUAGCCUCACCUUCACUAAAACUUCCUUACACGUCUCACCUUCACUACAUUACUCACCUUCACACGUAGCGAGUGUCAGCUCGUGCCGAGCAAGUAAGGAGAGGAGCCGAGCACUACCGUCAGCGCCUUCUGAGGAAGUACCUGUGGGAGUGGAGGUGGGCGGCCCUGGACCACCUCCUGCAGCGGCGAGCGGACACACAACGAGCUACACAACACUACCACAGGAAGCUCCUUCGUCGUGGAGUGAGAUGCUGGAGGCAGUAUCUGCUGGAGAGGAGGACGAAGAGGCAGCAGGAGCAGACAGCCACACGUCUUCGCUUCCUCGUCAAGGACAUCAUCCCUGAUUUUUCUCCUGCUUCCUCUGACGAUGAGGACGACGACGAAGACGACGACGAGGGCUGGAGGAGAGACGACAGGUGGCAGAACAUGCUGGCAGUAAUGACUGUUUGAGUAAUGCCAGGCUGAUUGAUAAUGUUGAUACACGUGUAAUACAACGUGACACGUGUAAAUAAUACCACGUGAAGCAUGUAAAUAAUACCACCUGACACAUGUAAACAAUACCACGUGACACAUAUAACAAUACCACGUGACACAUGUAAACAAUACCACGUGAUAUAUGUAAACAAUACCACGUGAUACAUGUAAA